AUGGCAACAGGUCCCGAGGAAUUUUACGGAUUCGUUACCCUUGACAUCUUCCUCGUCCCUCCAUUCCACCGUUCUUCCCUUCCCUCCAUCGCCCGCAAACACUCGGGUUUUCAUCACGGCAAUGUCCCCGCUGUGACGUUGAGAUUGAACACACCCCAAAUUACUCCCCGUGGCUGGACACUCCCUGAUAUGAAUUCGCCCGCGACUCGUCUGUUCGCCGCGCGGCCGCUUGUGCUAAGCUUGGCCAAGCUCGUCGUCCUCGCCUUCUGUCACUUUCCUCUCGCAUCGGCCGCUCCCGUUCUCUCAUCUUACAUUCUCCGACCGAUCGAUGCCGAACCUCCGAUUGAGACGUCCGAUCCCAACUUAUGGCUGUACCUAGGAAUUUCCGCAGCCCUUGUGCUGAGUGGUGGAGCUUUUGCGGGACUGACAAUCGCCUUGAUGGGCCAAGAUGAGGUCUACUUACAGGUGAUCAAGACGUCUGGGGAGGACUCGGAAAAGAAAAACGCUGCCAGCGUGCUGAAAUUGUUGAAACGUGGGAAACACUGGGUACUUGUUACUCUCCUGCUCAGUAACGUGAUCACAAAUGAGACACUGCCGAUCGUUCUCGAUCGAACCCUCGGCGGCGGGUGGCCGGCGGUCCUGGGAAGUACCGCGUUGAUCGUCAUCUUCGGAGAAAUCGUUCCCCAAUCUAUUUGUGUUCGUUACGGGCUACCGAUCGGCGCCUGGAUGGCACCCUGUGUGUUGCUCCUGAUGUAUGUCAUGUCACCUGUUGCCUGGCCGGUCGCCAAGCUAUUGGACCGGCUCCUUGGCGAAGACCAUGGUACCAUCUACAAGAAGGCCGGCUUGAAGACUCUCGUCACCUUGCACAAAACACUGGGCGAAGCCGGAGAGCAGCUCAACUCAGAUGAAGUCACUAUCAUCAGUGCCGUCCUUGACCUGAAGGAGAAAUCCGUCGGAAGCAUCAUGACGCCAAUGGAAGAUGUAUUCACCAUGUCUGCCGAUACUAUCCUUGAUGAGCAUACAAUGGAUCUCAUAUUGUCCCAAGGAUAUUCUCGCAUACCCAUCCAUGCGCCUGAGAAUCCGAUGAACUUUGUUGGCAUGCUGCUUGUAAAAAUGCUCAUCACCUACGACCCGGAAGACUGCAAGCGGGUUCGCGAAUUCGCCUUGGCAACUCUACCCGAAACCCGACCCGAGACCAGCUGCUUGGAUAUCGUCAACUUCUUCCAGGAAGGAAAGUCCCAUAUGGUACUUGUAUCCGAAUAUCCAAGUGAAGAUCGAGGGGCUCUCGGAGUUGUUACCCUCGAAGAUGUGAUUGAAGAAUUGAUCGGCGAAGAAAUCAUUGAUGAAUCUGAUGUUUUCGUCGAUGUUCACAAGGCCAUCCGCCGUAUGGCACCUGCACCCAAAUCCCGUGUUCCCAAGGGGAAAAUUGUCGAAGAACCACCUAUGUCUGUUUCCCACACAGAUGGUGAGUUGUUUGAGGACGAACCGCGAUCUACAUCCGCGCAGAGGCCUUCAGACCCUUUUCGGCGUCGAAGCUCUGUGGAACCGCCUCCUCCACGAUUCCAGCUGCGCAAACAACAUGCCGACAACACUUCCAAUUCCAAUGAACCGUGGUUUACCCAGAGAGGUGCCACGGAUGAAAUCCGUGAACACCUCAAGCACCUCGGUCCCUCCAAUCUCGCCAGUCGUCCUCGACAAACUCGUUACAACACAGUGAAAAUCAAACGGAGCGGCAACUCCCCAUCUCGCUCAGCCCAGACCGAUUUUGAAUCUGGGCAGAGCACAUCUGAUUCUCAGCGUCUGUUCACAAACACCGCCUACCAGGGUGGAAUCGGCGCCGGCCUGGUUACCUCGGGAGUCGAAGCCAAGGAUGGUGCGCACGCGCUGAAGCUUGGCUACGGCACCAUACCUACCUUCGAACAUAGUCCCCGAGACCUCACCCCCCACGAAAAUACCUCUCUUGACUAUCAUGGCGAUGAAUCUAAUCACCAUGGCUACAAUUCGCAUGAAGGCCAAUCUGUCGAUCAUGUUACCAACGCUGUUCACGAAGAGCGUGAAGACCGACCUGCCUCUGGAUCCACACACAAGAGCAGUUCGGGGACCUGCAGUGUUCGUUCUACAGAAUCUCAUACAGAAUUUAUAUACCACCACCGCGGUCCAGCCCGAAGCGGUAGUAUCACAGAACAAAUCGUGGACGUCAACGGCAUUCGCAAGGUCGUCCUUCACACCACCGCCACGAGCUCAUCAGAUGGCGAGCACUCGGCGCAUUACACUCGCGACUCUUCGCCUGGUCAUAGGACCGACGCGACAGAUCCAAAUACUUUGAAUUCUGAGAACCCUGAUACACAAACAGUCUCCAAGUCGAAAAAGCGCCGUCGUCGCAAGAAGCAUGGCCAGCACCCCAAACCCGCCGAUGGCGGACCUUUUGAGGAUCAACCUCUCUUAAGCUGA